AUGAAGUCUCUCGCCAUCGGUACUAUUGCUCUGGGUUUGGCCUUCGGGGUCCAUGGCCAGGUGUUCCCUCCUGAUUUCACGAGCAUGCCUAGCUGCGCUUUCACUCCGCUCACCAACGCCGUUGCUGCAACCGGUUGCACUACAACAGACGUGGCAUGCUUCUGCUCCGCUGGCGCAUUCGUCAACACUAUUACCUCCGAGGUGUCAGCUGGCUGCAGCGCUGCAGACGCAACGGAAGCAUACAGGAUCAUCAUGGAUUUGUGCUCCUUGAAUGGAGCACCCAUCGAUCUCGGCUCCGGGGGAGCUACAACAACGACGGCGCCACCACUACCAGCAACGACGACGACGACGACUACGGCAGCAACGACUACCACUGCUCCGCCCCAGUCUUCAAUAACCAUCAGCUCUGCGCCCACGACUGGUACACGAUCCUCUACGUCAAGCUCUGGGACCACCAGCCCCUCGACUACUGGCAGUGUGCCAACUCCCGGCCCAACGACCGCGACCGGCUCCGCUGCCCCUCCAGCAACAUACACAGGCGGAGGCCCACAUGUUCGCCCAAACUGGGUUUUCAAGAACUGGCGAGGUAGUUACUCCAGUUGCUCAAGCUCGCAGGGUCGCUAA